AAUUUUAGGAUUAAAAUGUAGAGUUGACCCUCCGGACCAGCAGGUGGCGGUGACCAUGGAUGUAUUAAGCGGUGAUGCUCAUAAACCGGUUCCAACGAGAGUUGCCAAGUCUCCUUGUUGUUGUUUUUCUCCUCUCGCGAGAUGUGGCUCCCCCGGCUCCCCCACAGUGCAGAGUGAAGAUGGCGUGUCAGUCGCAGUACUACCAGGAGAUGCAGGAGAGCUUCAGGAACAACAACAAGAGCAGAGAGUUCCCGGCGCACACCGCCAAGGUCCACUCGGUGGCCUGGAGCUGCGACGGCAGGAGACUGGCCUCCGGGUCCUUCGAUAAGACAGCCAGCGUGUUCAUCCUGGAGAAGGACCGGCUGGUGAAAGAGAACAACUACAGAGGUCAUGGUGACAGCGUGGAUCAGCUCUGCUGGCAUCCAACCAACCCAGAUCUGUUUGUCACAGCAUCCGGAGACAAGACCAUUCGCAUAUGGGACGUCCGCACCACCAAAUGCAUCGCCACCGUCAAUACGAAAGGAGAGAACAUCAACAUCUGCUGGAGCCCUGAUGGUCAGACCAUCGCUGUUGGGAACAAAGACGAUGUGGUGACCUUCAUCGACGCCAAGACACAUCGCUCCAGGGCGGAGGAGCAGUUCAAGUUUGAGGUGAACGAGAUCUCCUGGAACAACGACAACGACAACUUCUUCCUCACAAACGGCAACGGCUGCAUCAAUAUACUGAGUUAUCCAGAGCUGAAGCCCAUCCAGUCCAUCAACGCUCACCCGUCCAACUGCAUCUGCAUCAAGUUCGACCCCACGGGGAAAUACUUCGCCACAGGAAGUGCCGACGCCCUCGUCAGCCUGUGGAACGUGGAGGAACUAGUGUGUGUCCGCUGCUUCUCCAGGCUGGACUGGCCGGUGAGGACGCUGAGCUUCAGCCACGACGGCAAGAUGUUGGCGUCGGCCUCCGAGGAUCACUUCAUAGACAUCGCCGAGGUGGAAACGGGAGAGAAGCUGUGGGAGGUUCAGUGUGAUUCUCCGACCUUCACCGUCGCCUGGCACCCAAAGAGGCCGCUGCUGGCCUACGCCUGCGACGACAAGGAGGGCAAAUACGACAACAACCGGGAGGCGGGAACCGUCAAACUGUUUGGCCUUCCCAAUGACUCCUGAGACGGAUCAGCGGAGUUAAACUGAGUUCAAUUCUUCUGAUCAGUCAGACCUUCAGGAGAGAGGAAGUAAAGGAUGCUGAUGCUCCUAAAGCAGAAGUAACCGUUUGACACCAGCAGAUGGAGCAGCAGCUUUCCUUUAAAACAGCUGACUUCAUUCCCUGUUUUUAUACUCAGAUGAAAACACAACUCCCAGUGCUGUAAUAUAUUGUUUUUAUGUAAAAUAUGCAUUGUUUUGAUAUUAAAAUUGAUCUCUUUGUAAAUAUA